UGCGACGUUUUUCUCGGUUUACGUUCCAUCCGGAAUGAGCCGACGCCCCUUCGUAACUCAUCGCCAGGGCCACGACGCCAAGGACAUCGACAUUUUCGAUGGCCGCACGCGCGGCGCUCCGGGCGCUCGAAAGUACACGUCGUUCUAGGUUCUAGCACCGGAUUCUGAAAAAAAAUUCGAGGUGUGCUGAGCGCGGUGUGUGGAUUCCGACUCCGGACGACGACGACAAACAGCAAUGACGGAGAUCGCCGACUGGUUCCGCAGUUUGCCCGUCUUCACACGCUACUGGUUCGGCUUGUCCGUGCUCUUCCCCAUCCUCGGCCGCUUUCGGCUGGUCAACCCACAGCAUUUAGUGCUCAGUUACGACCACUUCGUCAGAGGCUUUCAGAUAUGGCGGCCAGUCACAUCGGUGUUCUUCUACCCAAUGGGUUUCCACUACCUGGUGAAUCUUUACUUCCUCUACACAUACUCCAUACGCCUGGAGACAGGUCUCUUUGAUGGGCACCCGGCCAAUUACCUCUUCAUGCUGCUUUUCAACUGGAUCUGCAUAGUUAUUGUCGCCCUCUUGUCAGACCUCAUGCUCCUCAUGGACCCGAUGGUGCUGAGCGUCCUCUACGUCUGGUGUCAGCUCAACAAGGACGUCAUCGUCACCUUCUGGUUUGGCACCCAAUUCAAGGCCAUCUACCUUCCCUGGGUCCUGCUCGCAUUCAACAUGAUAAUCAGUGGCGGUGGCCUGUAUGAGCUCAUCGGCAUCCUGGUGGGGCACCUCUACUUCUUCCUCAUGUUCAAGUACCCACAGGAGUUUGGUGGCCGCAACCUUCUCCAGGUGCCCUCCAUCUUGUAUCGCUACUUCCCAGACCGCGUUGGUGGUGUGAGCGGCUUUGGCCAGGCUCCGGCGCCAAGGAGGCCGGCAGAUGGCGGCAACAAUGACCCCAAUGCAGGAGGCGGCUGGCACAACUGGGGCAGGGGCCAAGUACUCGGGAACUAGGGUCCGGACGACAUCGCUCCGGAUGCACCCUUCUGGAGCUACCCGCAGUGGGGCACAACCACUUUCCUAAAGAGAGGGGGGCAUGGGCAAGAACUUCGAGUUCACCACGCGAGCGUGGUGGCAGUCGCAUCAAAAGCCAAGUGCAUUGCACGAAACAUCAUUCCUUCCUUGUUGUGGUGUGACCCCCCGGCCCCUUUUUUUCCGGACUUAUGUGGCCCCAGUCGCUUCCCUCAUUUCCUUUUUCGUGCUGGGCACGUGUUGGUGAUAAACUUUAGCUUUAACCACAUAAUUCUAGGGGAAGAGGCGAGAUGUUCAAUAACAAAAAAAAAAUAGCACAAGCGUUCUUGCGAGGACUCGGACCAGUAUUGUUCAAAUGUGUGCCGCACAAGCGAUUGUCGUAAUUGAAGCCAAGCCUCGGAUAUAAAUUAUUUUUCCGGUGUGUUGCUUGAUUUUCCCCUCUUUCAAUUAUGAGCCAUGCUAAACACUCCUCUGGGGGUGACCUCAGUUGAUGUAACAGUUUCUGGAUGCUUUUGAUCAGCUGUUCCAAUCACGCUCUCAGGCCGGAAAAUGUAAUAUAAAUUUUUCUUUCCUGAUUUUUUUUUCUCCAAGUGAAUCCCAUUGGUUGAUGCAUGUGUAGGUGUUGCUGCGAAGCAACUGUAGCGAGCACCGAGGAUUGUAUUUUCUAACCUUGCUAGAGCGCUUGGACACUUCCUGCUGGCUGAGUUUUUGUUUGUUGAGCAUGGGCUAACUCGCACAUGCUAGGUUGAUAAAAUGUGUUCUGGUUGAGCUUGCAGUCGCUCCAUUUUCUUUCUGUCACGGAUGCUCAUUUCUGCAGAUUGCAACAGCUGCAUUAGGCUUCCUUGCUUCGCUGCUCAGCUUUACCUGCUUUGAUUGGUCUGAGGAUCUGAGCAGAUCUCUGUUGGUAUAUGGAUUGAAAUAAAACUGUUUUUUAAUUUCUUGGCAGAGGAGAGUGUAUGUGUGUGUGUGUACGUGCAAUGACAUCAUGUGCAGCCAUAUUUCAUUAAAGCAAUACCUUUGCCUUGCCUAGUUUU